CCGGGGAGGCGGGGCCGCGCGGGGUCCCCACCCCACCCGGUGUCCCGGCCCCGGAGAAGCCCGGGCGCCCCGGCGGGGAGGAGGAAGUGCUCGGGGCUCCCCGCCUCCCGCGCGGAUCCCGCCCCCGCCCCCGCCCGGCGCACUCGGGGCGCCGCGUCCAGCACCGUGAGCCUCCGGACGGGAGCCCCCUCGAAGGGAAGCGGCCGACGUCCCGGGCUCGGCCUGGCGUCCCCGGGGGAGUCGAGGGGCCCCCGCCCCCCCGCCGCCCGCACACAACUUCCCCGCUUUCCACCUGGAGCUGGCGGAGCGGCGGGCCGACUCGGACGCAGGACUCCGGGCAGCGGGCGGCCCCCCGCGCGGGCGGCCAGUCGGGGCGGGGGACGCGCCCCUCGCCCCGCUUCCAAGGAUGGCGCCGUCGUCUGAGUGAGGGAGCCGGCUCUCAGGACCUCCCCGCCCGGCCCGCUGGUCUCUGCGGAGAUGUACGAGAGUGUGGAAGUGGGGGGGCUCACCCCCACCCCCAGCCCCUUCCUGGUGGUGGAUUUCUAUAACCAGAACCGGGCCUGUUUGCUCCCGGAGAAGGGACUCCCCGCCCCCGGGCCCUACUCCACCCCGCUCCGGACUCCGCUUUGGAAUGGCUCAAACCACUCCAUUGAGACCCAGAGCAGCAGUUCCGAAGAGAUAGUGCCCAGCCCUCCCUCGCCGCCCCCCCUCCCCCGCAUCUACAAGCCUUGCUUUGUCUGCCAAGACAAAUCCUCAGGCUACCACUAUGGGGUCAGCGCCUGUGAGGGCUGCAAGGGCUUCUUCCGCCGCAGCAUCCAGAAGAACAUGGUGUACACGUGUCACCGGGACAAGAACUGCCUCAUCAACAAGGUGACCCGCAACCGCUGCCAGUACUGCCGGCUGCAGAAGUGCUUCGAAGUGGGCAUGUCCAAAGAGUCCGUGAGGAACGACCGGAACAAGAAGAAGAAGGAGGCACCCAAGCCCGAAUGCUCGGAGAGCUACACGCUGACGCCAGAGGUGGGGGAGCUCAUUGAGAAAGUGCGCAAAGCGCACCAGGAGACCUUCCCUGCCCUCUGCCAGCUGGGCAAAUACACUACGAACAACAGCUCAGAACAGCGUGUCUCCCUGGACAUCGACCUCUGGGACAAGUUCAGUGAACUCUCCACCAAGUGCAUCAUUAAGACUGUGGAGUUCGCCAAGCAACUGCCUGGCUUCACCACGCUCACCAUUGCUGACCAGAUCACCCUUCUCAAGGCUGCCUGCCUGGACAUCCUGAUCCUGAGGAUCUGCACGAGGUACACGCCCGAGCAGGACACAAUGACCUUCUCGGACGGGCUGACGCUGAACCGAACCCAGAUGCACAACGCCGGCUUCGGCCCCCUCACAGACCUGGUCUUCGCCUUCGCCAACCAGCUGCUGCCCCUGGAGAUGGAUGAUGCUGAGACUGGGCUGCUCAGCGCCAUCUGCCUUAUCUGUGGAGACCGGCAGGACCUGGAGCAGCCGGACAGGGUGGACAUGCUGCAGGAGCCGCUGCUGGAGGCGCUGAAGGUCUAUGUGCGGAAGCGGAGGCCCAGCCGGCCCCACAUGUUCCCCAAGAUGCUCAUGAAGAUCACGGACCUUCGAAGCAUCAGCGCUAAGGGGGCUGAGCGGGUGAUCACGCUGAAGAUGGAGAUCCCAGGCUCCAUGCCGCCUCUCAUCCAGGAAAUGCUGGAGAACUCCGAGGGCCUGGACACUCUGAGCGGACAGCCGGGGGGCGGGGGGCGGGAGGGGAGUGGCCUGGCUCCCCCACCCCGCAGCUGUAGCCCCAGCCUCAGCCCCAGCUCCAACAGAAGCAGCCCGGCCACCCACUCCCCGUGACCACCCGCGCCCCGUGGACACAGCCCUUGCCCCUCGCCCGGCUUUUCUCUGCCUUUCUACCAACCGCGAGACCCCAGCCAGCCCUGCCCCUCCCUGUCUCCCUUCCGGGGACAGGAGGCAGGAGGGAGGAGGUGGCGACUCCUUGGACAGAGGCCCGGGUGCUGUGGACUGUUACUCUGCGGCCUGGGUGGUCGGGGGCAAGGUCACGAACUGCGUGAGGACCCCUGGUCCUGGGUCUCAGGAUGGGGCCGGGGGCCUCGUGUUCAUCAAGACACCCGUCCGCCCACCUCGCCACAUCUUCAUCACCAGCAAAGGCCAGGACCUGGCCCCUCCAUCCUCAGAACUUGCAAGCCAUUGCCCCCCGGUUGGGGAACCCCCCCCUUGCCUUGGUUGGUGACAGAGGGGGUGGGCCAGGGGUGGGGGGCUCCCCCUGUACAUACCCUGCCAUACCAACCCCCAGGUAUUACCGCUGGUUUUGUUUUUAUUUUAAUUUUUUUGGUUUUGAUUUUUUUUAAUAAGAAUUUUCAUUUUAAGCACA